CGAAAAGAAGAGUGUCCAUCACGAUGGACAUUCUCUAUCAGGGCGUCAUCUGCACCUGAAGGAGUUCAUCGACCAGAGCGGAGUAGUGCACAGCCCUGCGCUGGCAUGCAGCAAUCUGAUGAACUGGUUGUGCUGCAAUACCGCGACUUGCUGAGCAGCGACCCUGCAAUGAAGGCAUUCCUUCUGUCAGCAGUUGCACAGGCCUAUGGUCCCAAUGGACUAGGCAUUCUGACAGUGGCAGGAGUUCCCACCCUCCUCGAUCUGCGCCAGCAGCUGCUGCCACUCAGCAGCCAGUUUGUGAGGCUGCCGGAGCCUGUUUUGGCGCGGUACGAGGACCCGCCGAGCAGCUACAGCUUCGGGUGGAGCCACGGGCGAGAGGCAAUGGAGGACGGCAGGGUUGACACCCUUAAGGGUUCCUAUUACGCCAACCCCCUUGUGGACAACGAAAAUCUGCCGCAGGACCUGCAAGACCAGUACCCUUCUUACUGCAGGCCCAACAUAUGGCCGGACAGGGAUCUGCCGCACCUGAGGCCGGCCUUCCAGGCACUCGGACGGCUGAUGGUGGAAGUUGGGCGACUGGUUCUGGACCUGUGCGAUGAGUAUGUCCAGUCACAGGGGUCGUUGCUGCCGCCGGGCAAACUCCUGAAGAUCGUGGAGAAGGGAACGGCGUGCUGCAAGGCGCGCCUGUUGCAUUAUUUCCCCUCCCCGGGGAACGAUUGUAAUAGUAACGGCGGCUUUGCCAACUGGUGUGGUUGGCACAAUGACCACGGCUCCCUCACAGGGCUGGUGAGUGCCAUGUACAUGAGAGAGGGUACACCGGUGGAGAACCCGGACCCAGACUCGGGCCUGUACAUCCGGGACAAGCACGGCAGGACCGUGCGGGCGCGCAUCCCGGCUGACCACAUUGCCUACCAGAUGGGCGAAGCCAUGCAGGUGCACUCGGGCGGCCUGCUGCGAGCGACAAUGCACUGUGUGAGGGGCGCUGCAGGGGCAGCGGCCGCACGAGUCACCCGCCACUCAUUUGCAGUCUUCAUGCAGCCCAGUUGUUGUCAGGAAUCCUGA